AUGGAGCAAAUAAAACAAGGUAGUGAAACACCUGCUUUCUGCUAUUCAAAGACACAGAAUAAGAACUUCCAGGCAAAAUUAUCCAAUUUCCAGAAGAAGCAUCUUUUGAAAGAAGAGAAAAGGGGAUUCAAGAAGGAAAUUAAAGCCUUCUGCAAUGCAAAUAAGAAAUUCCAUGAAGAGAUCAAAGCCUUUCAGGAGGAGACCAAAGCCUUAUGGAAGGAAAUAGAAAUCUUCAAGGAAAAGAACAAAGCUGGCGUGGAAGAGAUCAGGAUUGUUUUAGAAGAAAGCAACAGCUUCCCACAGAAGAUUAGGCUUCCAUACAAAAAAAAAAAAGUUUUCCAGGAACAAGUUGGUAGCAUUCAGGAAAAGCUUGAAGGAUUUUGGAAAACAAUGAAGGCUGCUAAGGAGGAGAUCAAGGUUCUUGAAGAAAGGAAUAAGGCUGGUCAGGUUGCAGUCAGGGCUUUCCUAAAACACAGUCAAGAUAUCCAAGAAAAGAAUAAAGCCAUUUAUGAGAAGAACAAAAUCCUGCAAGGAAAGAGUAAAGCUCUGCAGGGAAAGAACAAGGCUUUCUGGAAGGACUAUAUGGCUUCCUGGAAGAAGGACAAGAUCUUCUGGGAGGAAGAGCUGGCUAUCUCAUGCAGCAAACUGAUUCUCUGGGAAGAAUCUAUCACUUUCAGGGAGAAUGACAGGAAGAUUCAAAAGGAAAAAAGAGCUCUGUGGGAUGUAGCAGAAGCCCUGCGGGACAAGAAAUUUUCCCUCUUGAAAGAUCUAUAUAUUCCUCCAGCAGAGAAGAAAUUACCUGAAACAGAAGAGAACAAUCUGUGUCGCAAUUGUGGCUCAGCUGUGAACACUGGAAAUGAAACAUCAGAGUAA